AUGUCAUUAAUAUUUAAUGGCCGAGAAUAUGUGGUGCUUUCAAGCGUUCAAUCAGUACCCGUAAUGCCUUCGGACACCCGAACAAAUAUGGUGUCAUCCAAUAUUCAAAUGAAUUCGAUGAAUCCAAAUAUAAUGUUUCCAUCGAAUUUUAAGUUUCCCUCAAACUUCUCGUCCAUCCUACGUUCAGUAUCUACGGUAGAAAAAUUAACCCUCAUAUUUGUACUACAUAAUUCCGUAUAUUAUGUGGAAUAUGUCGGAAGACGCGUUUUAUUCAAGUUUCCGUCUGUCGACGACGCCUUGAAGAUAGGAAAGGGUAAAAAAAUCCCCCCAACCUGCUUCAUUUUAUUUAGGAAAAUUAUUCAAGGUUGCGUAACUUUAUUGGGAUUGAGAAUACAACGUGAAAACUUAUCUAAACACGUUAAGAAUAUUUGGGAUGAUCAAAAAACGCAAAAUCCUAAAUUAGAAGAGGAUUUUAAGCUUAUUGCAAAUACCGCAGCGAAAAAAUUUUAUUCAUCGCAAUUAAGACUUAAAAUCCAAAUCCAUUGUCCGCCAAAAAAAUUAGAUGCCCCCGAACAAUCGAUAGAUAAUAAAAAAUUUAAUAAUUCCGAAGACCCGGCACUAGAUAAUCUCAUUGACGAUCUUUUUCCGGCGAUUAAAAAUUAA